UCAGGUUCACUGGUAACGAGACGCACACAGACUACUUUCGGCUCAUGCUCAGAGACAGCAGCUACCUAUUGGUCGGCGGAAGGAACCUCGUGCACAAUCUCAGUCUGACGGACUUGACGGAGCAACAACGCCUCACUUGGUACUCGCCGGACAUGGAUGUGAAGAUGUGCCAGGUAAAAGGCAAGGACGACGAAAACUGCCAGAAUUAUAUUCGCAUCCUGGCGAAAAGCGGAGGUAGCAGUUUACUCGUGUGCGGUACCAAUGCCUUCAAGCCGAUGUGCCGUAAUUACGACGUGCAUCCGGGCAACUACACGAUGACGAGCGAGAAAUUAGCCAAAGCCCUCUGCCCCUACGAUCCCCAGCACAACAGCACUUACGUCUACGUGGACGGUGAGCUGUUCACGGGCACCGUCGCCGACUUCACGGGCAUGGAUCCAAUCAUCUAUAGGGAGCCGCUUCAGACCGAGCAAUACGACUCUAUGAGUCUCAAUGCGCCAAAUUUUGUGAGUUCUAUGACGCAAGGAGAUUUCGUGUACUUCUUCUUCAGGGAAACCGCAGUCGAGUACAUCAAUUGCGGCAAGGCGGUGUAUUCUCGAGUUGCGAGAGUUUGCAAAUACGAUCGGGGCGGACCUCACCGCUUUCGAAAUAGAUGGACGUCCUUCUUAAAGUCUCGUCUCAAUUGUUCCGUUACUGGAGAUUUUCCAUUUUAUUUCAAUGAAAUACAAUCUACGACGGAAUUGAUAUCGGGCACUUACGGCGGCGUGUCGGCUCAGCUAAUAUACGGGACAUUUACCACCCCGGUGAACAGUAUAAGCGGCUCGGCGGUCUGUGCCUUCUCCCUCCAGGACAUCGCAGACACGUUCGAGGGCAACUUCAAGGAGCAGAGCGCCCUCAACUCCAACUGGCUGCCGGUGCAGAGCUCGAAGGUGCCGGACCCGAGGCCCGGACAGUGCGCCAAUGACUCGCGCACAUUGCCCGACCUCACGCUCAAUUUCAUCAAGAGUCACUCCCUCAUGGACGAGUCGGUCAGGAGCUUCUUCGGUCAGCCCAUUGUCAUACGCACGAGCUUUCACUAUAGAUUCACGCAAAUCACGGUGGACCCGCAAGUGAAAACGCCCGGGGGCAAGACUUACGAUGUGCUCUUUAUCGGCACGGAUAACGGCAAAGUGAUAAAGGCAAUAAACGCCGAGUCCGCGGACUCCAAGGACAAAGUAAGCCCCGUGGUGAUCGAAGAGAUCCAGGCGUUCCCGGCUACGAUACCGGUGCGCGGCAUCAAGGUCGUGAGGGCUACACAGCCAGGAGAUGGCCUCGAAGACGGGAGGCUCGUCGUCAUCGCCGACAGUCAGGUUCAGGCCCUUAGACUGCACCGCUGCUAUAGCGAAAGGAUAUUGUCUUGUGGCGAAUGCGUGGCGCUGCAGGAUCCCUACUGCGGUUGGGACCGCAUCGACGGCAAAUGUCGGGCCCUCGUGGGCCCGGGCGCGACCGACGCCAGUCGCUUCCUACAGAGCAUCUCGACAGGUCUCCACGCCUCUUGUCCGCCUGGGAAGAGCCUGAAUAAGGAUGCGAGCAGCGUCGGCGCGAUAUCCGCCAAUCAGAAUAAGUUCCCUCAGGACUCGAUGGUCUCGAAUAAGGACAGCCAGAACGGUGAGAUCAUCAACAUCAUGCAGGACGAGGAGCAGAGCAAUUCCGGACCCGAGGUGUCUGCGGCCGACUCACCGCCACCCCAAUACUCCGUGGAAACUCUGGUGAUGGCGGUGGUAGCGGGUGCCCUCGCAGCCCUCCUCGUCGGCUUCACGGCUGGCUACCUUUGCGGCCGAAAAUGCAGAAAGGACGAGGACGAUAACUUACCAUAUCCGGACACGGAGUACGAGUACUUUGAGCAGCGCCAAAAUGUCAAUAGUCGGCUGGCCCCGGAGCCAAAGCUGCUACCCCAGGAGGAGGUGACGUACGCGGAGCCGGUGCUGGUGCCCCAGCCACCGAAACUCCACUCGCCCAAGGGUACGAUGCGCAAGCCACCGCCGACCCCGGCCGAGACGCUGUUUCAGUUUCCAGAGGGUUACGGCUACCGCGGGCCCAGCACCCGAGCCGACAACUUCGGUACGUUGCGCUCGCACCAGGGCGACAACGCUUAUCGGCGCAACGACGGCUUCGCCACGACGCGCAGCGUCAAGAAGGUCUAUCUCUGAGAAACGAGCGAGGAGGGGGGUUGCAACGCCGCGGCCGCGGCCCAGGCGGCCCAGGUGGCCGCUGCGGGCCGACACCGAAGCCUCGGUAGGCCCGCGCGCAAUCAGCACCGGCAACAGACGGCCCCAACCUCGAGGAACAACGGCGGCAACAACAGCAACGGGAGCUCGUCCCACAGGUCCGGCAACCAUCAUCACGGCCAUCAUCAGGGUCACUCGGCCCGUGAUAUGGCACUAGGUGGUAGUCGUGCCCUGGAGUCUCCGUCGCCGCCGUCGAGCAUGUCCUCGAGCUCGCCGUCACCGCCCUCCUCCUCGCCGUCACCGACCCUCGUACCCCUGGGCAGCGGCAAUCAGCCAGGCCAGGGCAGCAGUAGCCUCGUCCAGAGCGGUGGGGGCUCAUCGCCGCCCCCGCCCACGCCGCCCUGCAGCUACAUUUACCGAUCAUAGUGGCAAGGGGCUGAGGCACCCUACAUCCAGCCGACAACGUACGAGGAGCUCGGCCUCCUGGAGGCCACAACUACCAAUGAUAAUAACGCGCAUCGUUGCACGAGCCGCGGAUGACGCGGUCAGGCGCUACUCUCCCGCAUCCCCGAGCCCCCUCGCAUUACCCACGUUACCAAGAGCCGGGGCGCCCGCACCCCUACGCUUCAGACUUUUGUAAAUAUUGCGAAGUAUUUUUAUUUCGGAGGGUAGGUAUUGGUCGCUCGGCGAGUGGGACCGGAUGAGGUAGGGCGGGGAGGCUGGGGCGUCGAGCCGCGGUUGCCUCAUCGCGAUAUUAAGCGUAUGGCUGCUCUGCUUGCAUUUGAUUCGCUUUAGAUUCUCGCGGGCCGCUCUCAUCGUGCAAUGGAAGAGAGUCGUUUGUUAUCGACCGAGCAACAUUGCGAUUACAGUGUCACUUGCAAGUCCAUCGGUGGCGAGUGACGUUGGCUUUUCGAUAAGCAUUCGUUGCGACUUUUCGGUUUUU